GAGAAAUUAUCAAUUGCUAUCAUUUCGACAUUCUUCGUUGUCGACAAGCUAGAUAUGUCUGGAGACAAGCCAUUUGAGCCAGUAAAUGUGUAUGAAUAUGAAACAUUGGCAAAGCAGAAACUGCCAAAAAUGGCGUAUGACUACUAUGCCUCAGGUGCAGAUGAUCAGUAUACCCUCGAAGAUAAUAUUUUAGCGUUUCGGAGAUUUCGCUUCAAACCAAGAGUUUUGGUUGAUAUCUCAGUUCAAGACAUUACUGCAAAUAUUCUCGGAAUUCCUUGUAGUUUUCCUUUCGUCAUAGCUCCUGCAGCAAUGCAGAAAAUGGCUCACCCAGAUGGUGAAGUGGCAGUAGCCAAAGCCGCAGCAAAGUCGAAGGUCAUCAUGACUCUAUCGUCCCUUUCCACUUGCAGUAUAGAAGAAGUCGCAAAAGCAGCUCCAGAAGGGCCAAAAUGGUUCCAAUUAUAUGUCUACAGAGACCGGGAAGUUACCAGAAGGCUCGUAGAAAGGGCAGAGAAGGCAGGAUAUCUUGCAAUCGUUGUUACCGUGGAUACUCCGAAGCUAGGAAGAAGAGAAGCUGACGUACACAACAAGUUCGAACUUCCACAGCAUUUGACCUUUGCCAACUUUAUCGAGGGUACAAACGAGGAUCGUCAGAGAACCAGGAAAGUUGAUGGUUCUGGAUUGGCUGCCUACAUUGCAUCAUUAUUUGAUCCAUCGUUGUCGUGGAAAGAUAUUAGUUGGCUGAAAACUAUAACCAAGCUUCCAAUUCUGUUGAAAGGAGUAUUAACUGAAAAGGAUGCGGACUUAGCGACUCGCUGUGGUGUUGCUGGUAUUAUUGUUAGCAAUCAUGGUGCGAGACAGUUGGAUGGUUCUCCUGCAACAAUUGACUGCUUGGAGAACGUUGUGAGUGGUGUUAAAGGCAAGAUCCCGGUUCUAUUAGAUUCUGGAGUUCGUCGGGGAACAGAUAUCAUCAAGGCAUUGGCGUUAGGUGCGCAAGCCGUUUGCGUUGGUAGGCCUAUAUUGUGGGGACUUUCUGUGGCUGGCGAGGAAGGUGUCAGACAUGUUAUAGAGUUAUAUCGGAACGAAUUUGAACUCGAUUUGGGGCUGCUCGGUUGCCCCUCGAUUGCUAACAUUCGAAGAGAUAUGAUCGUUAAAGUAGAUUGGUUUAUCAACUCGUUUAAAACAAAUGAUGCGUUGCUUGGCCACAGUAAGGGGCAGCAAGAAAUACAUUCACGUCUAUGAUGAAAUAUAUUUCAUCCAGACAAGUUCUUCUAUUAAAAAAUUACAACUCUUAAAACUUACACAUAA